GUGAGUUUUGUUGUCGCCUCAGUCUUCAAAACAUGGCGUUACUUUUAAACUGUCUGUGACGGCAUGGGGCAACUGACUUGAGAUAUUAUAUCCUUGCCAAGGAAAAAUUGAGUGGACUCUGUAUUUACAGAUAGACCAGUAAAGAGCAUGACAUCUCGACCUUCAGGAAAUACGGAUACUGAUGAAACUAAAAAGAUGCAUAAUACUGUCUGUGAUCUCCAGAGUGAAAUUAAGCACUUAACAAAAGGAAGUGAGCUAGAGUUUGAUAUCAUUGCUGACUUAAGAUGGAAAUUGAACCAAGCAGAAAAAGCAAAACUAGAACUCACUACAAAGAACAAUGAAGAGUUAGCUAGAUAUGAAACCCAGAUUACAAGGCUCCGAGCACAACUAGAAAGAGGUGAGGCUAAGCGUCAGAAUCUAGAAUAUGAGUUGGCUCUUUCCAGAAAGGAGGCUGGUAUUCAUCAAUGUACUUCAGAAGAAAGACUUGCUACUCUAAAUUUAAUUCAGGAGCAGCUCGCAGCACAGAAAUUAGAACUGAAACAGAAAAGAGAAGAAUUAGAAAAAGCACUAAAAAUUUCUCAGGAAGCUCGGGAAGAUGACCACCAAAGAUUUCAGGCUGAAUUGGAAGAGAGAGAUAACAUAAUUCAGCAAUGCAAUGCAGAAAAUGAAUCCCUAAGAGCCGAAAUAAUUAGACUAGAAAAUGUUCUACAGGAGCAAGAAGAUACAUUGGAAGAAAUGCAGAAAAAGUUGAAGGAGUUGGAAAUACUUAGGACUAGUCAUUUAGAAGCAAUGCGGCUUCAAGCAAGUGAGCUUGAAUACAGUUCUGAGAGAGAGGAACGGCUGAAAAAAGAGCUUGAGGCAGCUGUUCAGAGGGUAAAACAUUUGGAAGAAAGCAUUGAAACAGAAAGAGCAACACAUUUAGAAUCAAAAUUCAAUUCUGAAAUCAUCCAGCUUCGGAUUCGUGACCUUGAAGGAGCACUUCAGGUAGAAAAAGCCAGUCAUGCAGAAGUGGCUUCUAAUUUGGAAAUGAUCAAACAACAAUUCAGAGAGGUUGAAAAAGCAUAUGAAAGAGAAAAAAAGAAACAGCUAGAGAUCACUGGAAAGCUACACAAAUUGGAGAGUGAGCACUUGUCAGCAGUGAAGCAGUUAAACAAGGAGGUGGAAGAAAAGAAAAAAAUUAUUGGAGACCUUUCAAAAAAACUUCAAAACAUUCAAAAAGAUAACACAGAAUUAAGGGAAGAACUUAAUAUGGCUAAGAAACAUCAAGCUUUUCUGGAAGAGACGUAUGGGGGCAGCAUGAGAGAACUGGAGCUUCUCUUGGACAGCUUUGCAGUGUCAGGCAUGCGGAAAUCAGGCAUUUGCCAGGACAGAGAUAAACCCCACAGCCCCUCUGCCGUCCUUGAGACUUUGAGACAUACUUUGACAGAUUACCAGAGCCGGCUAGAAGACACAUCUAAUGAGCUGGACAGACAGAAAACUAUAUGUGAGAAGAUGACUGAAGAAUGCAAGUUUUACAAAGAAAUGAAAUUGUCUCAGGACAAAAAUCUUGAGGAAUUCAAGAUGGAGAUAAUGAAAACCAAAAAAGAACUCAAUAAUUUGCACGAGGACUGUGCAAAUAGGGAAUCUGCAGUGGAAUGUUUAAAAAGUGAAAUGAAUAAUAUGCAGCAGAGAUUUCAGAUGGAGUAUGCUCGUGCUGCAGCAGCUGAAGAAGAAAUCCAGAAGAUAACUGAAAUUCACAAGAAGGAUUCUCAGGAGAAGCUGACCUUCCUCCACAGUUUAUAUCAACGUUUGGUAGCAGGCUGCGUGCUAAUAAAACAUCCAGAGGGCAUGCUGGGUAAAUUCUCUUGGCAUGAGCUUUGUGCAGUCCUACAGGAGAAUGUUGAUGCCAUGACCUCAGACCUUAACAAGGCUAAUGAGAAGAUGUCCUAUUUGGAAAAUCUUUGUAAAAGCAAGGUUGAUACCAUAAAGGAGCUGCAGAAGACUCAAGAAGAUGCUUUUAGCAAAGUGGCUGAGCAGAUGAAGGAGCGUGAGAUCAGCUGGCAGAAGCAGAACAAAAAUUUAGAACAGCAUUACUCUGCUCUUAUUGGAGAAGUUCAUACAAGGGCACAGAAAUGUCAGGAAAUAGCUGAUAUAAGCAAGGAAAAAAUUGCUGGCCUGGAAAAAGUCAAGGAUCACCUUGCCCUUGAAAACUCUCAUUUUAGAAACUUGCUUUCCGUCUCUCAAAAGGAGCAUGCAUCUUUGUUAGUAGCCUGUGCACUUUUGGCAGGUGCUCUCUACCCUUUAUAUGGCCGUGCAUGUGUCCUAUAUACACAGAAAAACAUUCUUCAAAAUCAGAUUAACACAUUUGAAACUGUUAAACAUGAACUGUGGACUUUGAUUCAGGCUUUGUCUGGGGAAUCUAGAAAGAAUAGAGAGGAAUCCAGGAAAAAGAAAAAAUGUUUCAGUGGAAUGAUAAGGAUUUUUAGGAAAAGUGCCAUUGUUAUAUUGGCAGUAAAUCGACUUAAGUCUUUGGGGCGAUCAUCAAGGCGCAUCUUCAGUUGGACUGAGGGCUACAGAGGAGGUGUGGGUCUCUUGAUAUGCAGUGGUGGGUCCAGAUCUGUACACAGUCUGUCAAGUCAACAGAAUGAACAUGCCCUGAAAUGGUUUACCAGUGCUAACCUUCAGUCUGCAGUAGUAGGAUCUGUGGCUGAAUUACUGGAAGUAGUUAGCAAAGCAGAUCACAGCUGUUUUACUUCUGGUCACUUACUUAUAAAUGCUGCUCAGAAUUCAUUUACAAAGCUCAUGAACAGACUGAGGACAGAAAUGGACAAUGACUCGCUGGACAGUUGUGUGAACUACUAUGAUAAAAGUGCAUUGAUUCAGAGACUUAGCCAUGGGCUUCACAGAGUUAACACAAAUAUUCUGAAAUCGGGACACCCAGUUUCGGUUUCCAUCAAGCACAACCUGACAGCCUUACAGAAGCAUAUCCUUGCAUUUACACAAAGACUACACACAGCAGAAGUGGAGCGCCGUGCUUUACGGUUGGAGCUUGCCGCAUAUAAACAAAAUGUGAGUGACCUGAAGAGAGAUGCCAACAAAUCCCGAAGUUUGGAGGAGCAGCUAAAUGAAUUCAGACAAGCUUCUCAAAAUAUGGUCCCUUUUGAAAAAUUUGAGUGUGCCUGUACUGAACUGAACAGUGCAUUACAGCGAGAACAGCAGGCACAGCUUUUGUUAAAUGAACAGGCACAUCAGCUGCAUGAACUGAAUUUACGACUGGAGCUGCAUUCCAGUGAAGAAGCUGACAAGGAUCAAACUCUCAGUGAAGCUGUAAAGGAUCAUCGGUGGACAUGACUAGACAACAGCUGUAACUGAAGAGGGAAAGAGAACUAUCAUGCCAGUGUUGUGAAUUAAACAAGAUUUUUUGUAUUCUUGAAGGUUUAUUUGGCAUGAGUACAUUUCCUGAUACGGGAGCUAGAGAAAAAAAAGGAGAAUCUUUCAUUAAUAGGUUUUAUGUUAGUGAUUUUGAUGCACUGCUCAGACAAACAAUAUUUUAAAAGUAAGUCAUAUACAGAAAUAAGAGCACCAGAGAACAAUCGUAUAGAUCAAGAUCAUAUAAGGGACUGGUGACUGCAAUCCUAUGAACAAGAAAGGCAAACACAUUAAUUUGAAAUCUUUUUGAUCUUGUCCUUCCCUGAAAGUAAGCAAACUCUCUUUAAGUAACUUUCCCUUUUCUGUAACUUGAGAUUAGACUAGUUUAUCCCUUCUUGUAAAAGGACACAAAAGGUCCAGACUUCAAAAUGCUAAGCUUCCAAGCCUUUUUCCUUUAUUUCUGAAGAAGUCUAGAUAUUGACUUUGGAUCUGGAAGUUUUAAAGUUUUUUUCCAACCAUUUGAUCCAUUGAUAGUCAGAAAAAAAAAUCAUGACUAAGGAAAAAAAAUCGUCUUACUGUUCAACUUCAUGCUUCUCUUCUAUACACUGUAACUGGCCAAGACUACACUGUAAUAACCGUGGAAUAAAUAAAUAAUUAAGCUGAGGGUUCUGGGGAAAUAAAGAAGAUACAGCAACUCCAUGAUACAUUUUAUAGUCAUUGUCCAACCUUUUAAUCCAGUGAUGGGAUAAGUAAAAAAAUUUUUUUUUCUUCUUUCAAAGAAGACACAAGUUGUAUCUGACUAAAUAACAAUUCACAAAAAACUAAGCGGUCAAAUUUUGCAAGGAUAAAUAAAUCAUAUUUGGGAGUAGUGUUUCUUUACCCUUCAAAAAAUACUGUUAUAUUCUGUGUAUACAUCUGGUGUUAGAGCAGGAUGAAGACACAAAUGGCCGCGGUCAUAUAUUGCAUGAUGAUUAUCUUGCUGCCGUUGGAACAUGUAUACAUCAUGCAUCCUCACCCCUGCCACCAAAAAGACAGUGACCUUCUGUGUACCAUUCUGAUGUCAUUCUGGGAGGAAAGUGAAUGAGCAAGUAGAAUACAGUAAAAUAUUCAGCCUGCUGCUGUCAGAUGUAUAUAAUGCCAUGCCUCCUUACCAUUCAAAAUGGCCACGUGUAUAUGCAUUGGAAAGCUUUGCUGUCACUAAGUGGUGUCAGUGUUGGUUUUUUCUUUGCUUCCAUAUAUUUCAUAAGAUCAGUAAGAUGUUUGAUUGUGAGGAACAUGGGAAAAAAGACAAUGGUCACAGAAACUUGCUCAUAUUUCUUGUUGCUAAACAGUAUACUGCCCAUAGGAAAGCUGUAGUGACCUGUUCACACCUGUGAGGUUUGCCAGAAAAGUUAAGGAAAUAAUUUCUUUACUCUUCAUAGCCCCCGCACAAGCUAUAACGGCAUUCUUUGUACACCUCAGAAGUUUGACUUUUAAGGAAAAUUAAAGUAGUAAUGGUCACACUGUCCCCAGAACCCUCCCCCCACAAGCUACAGCGAUCUUCUGUCUACACCUCUGAGCAGUGUAGCUCUAGACUAUAUGAGGCUCAAGGCAAGGACCACUCCUAACUGUGUGUCGUAAUACACUUGUACAAUCUGGGGUUUGGAGGCCACUAGACCCUCUGAAGCUUGGAGAUGUUUGUCAUUCAUACGGCUUCAUUGGCAUUUUGGGUUAUCUGCCAUGGAAACCCAGUACUGUCCAGCUUUUAAAAGCUCAGCCUCCCCUUCCUCUUUCUUCCUGUGAUACAUGAUUGGCUCAGCAUAUUUGUAGAGGGAAGCCUUCAGCUGUCACAUGAAGGGAUUAUUCAUUCUUUUUCUGCCAUCCAAAGAGGAAAAUCUUCUGACUCUUCACAAGAUCCAGUGUUGAUUUUUCCUGCUUACUGCUUAGGUGGUAAGCCCCAUUUAGGGACUGCCUUCCUCUCAUUUAUUAUUUGAUUUAUUAUGCUAUCUCUAUUUUUAUGUUUAUUUAAAAACAAUAUUUAUUUUAAUGUUUUAUUUCUGUCGGUGUUUACAUUAAUUCCUGUGAGAAUUUCUGCAUGUAACAGUGUUUAUUUGGCUUCUGUGUUUGCCAAAUUCUUGUUUUUACUGUUUCUGAAAAAACUAAGUAUUUCUGUCAGAGGUGCAGUGUGUAUGUCUGUUGUUGGAUGCUAGGAGCUGUUGCGUGCAGUCAGAAUGGCAAAUUAAUCGCACCUGUCUUUGCUGUUGCUACUGUACUUUAUUUUCAUCUUUUUUUUCAGCAUUUAUACAUUAUUUACAUCUGUGUGUUUUAACAUCAGGUCACGACUUUACAACAAAAGAAAUUAUCUGUAUGUAUUAUGGAGAUUUUACACUCUCCAAGAAAAUAUUGUUUAAAUUAUUAAACCUUAUUUUAUUGCAGUUUAA